AUGACUGAUCCGGUUCCAGAAACAGUUGAAAAUUUAUCAUCAGGUAUAUACAAUAAUCUGAUUACAUCGAUAGUUCAAGAUAUCGUCGCAAGGGAGACUGCUAAACAGAGAUUAUUGAACUCUCGAUAUCCAAACUUGGUACCAUAUGUUCGUGAUGAUACGGGACAAUUAGAUAUAUCUGGUAAUCCCAAGGCCCAAGAAUCUUCGAAAUAUUUUACAUGUAAAAAUUGUGGUAGAGAGGUAUCUGCCAACAGGUUUGCUGCCCAUUUAGAACGUUGUUUGGGUAGAGGUGGUAGGCGAUGA